CAGCGGUGUAAACAACAACAACAGCUGGAUAAACAUCAACAAGAGGACCAACAACAAGAGGAGAAGCAGAGGAUUGUGGGAGUUGUAGUUCUCAGGAUGCUGGGCUCCGUGCUAGUCUUCUGCAGCGUCUUCAGCGCGGUCCGACUCUCUUCUUCUCUGGUGCACGGAAACAUCCACCUGCAGGACUCCUCCUUCCUGUCAGACCUGGAGAGGAGCCAUGCCCCGGUGAUGGACACCGCCCUCAUGACUGUGGACUCGGCUGAUGACUCCCUGAUGGACACGGGUUCCUACGACGAGGACUCGUCGGCGCUGCAGCUGCUGGGUCGCUCCAUGCGCUCGUCACGGCGCUGCAUCGCUCACCAGCAGUCCUGCCUGGGCUUUCCGCUGCCCUGCUGCGACGCCUGCGACACCUGCUACUGCCGCUUCUUCAACGCCAUCUGCUACUGCCGACGCGUUGGACACGCCUGCCCCCCCCGACACCGCUAA